AUGUCCCGAAGGAGCGAUGGAUUCUCUCCAAAGAAAGAUGUUCGAAGAAGUUGCCGUGAAAGGCAACCAAUGUACAAAAGUCUUGAUGAAAAUGCGUUAGGUAUCACCACGAAGAGUGCCCUCUUUCAAAGCUUACUUCGGAAUGCCGAGAUACAACGCAAAAGGGAGCAAAAAGAAGAGGAUCAAAGAGAAAGAGAUUUGCUUCAUAAAGACUAUGAUCAUGGCUAUUCAACAAGAGCACGAACAAUCCCACAAAAUGGACACAAACCAAGUUCGGAUGAGGAAGAAGAUGAAGAGGAGGAAGAAGAGGAGGAAGAAGAGGAAGUGGAGACGUUCCAACAAGAGAAUGUGAGAAAAACGAGGAGAAGACUUUCUUCAACUCAUGAAGACUCACCUCAACAGCUUGUCACCAAUAAAAUCACAAAGAAGAGGCGUGUGAUGAUCGAAGAUGAGGAGAAUGGCGAAUGUAGUCGAGAUCAUGUCGAUGUUGGAUUAUCGAUGUAUGAAAGGAUAAAGAAUCGUCACAAUAAGAGUCUAACUCCGGAGAGCCGUAAUGGUUUGAGAAGUCACUCUCAGCCGCCAACAAAUGGACAUCACAGGGGAAAUAAUCGAUCGCUUCGUCUACAACAACGAUUAGCACGAAAAGAUGUUGAUGAAGAAGAGGCUGAAAGCAGCAACGAGAAUGAACCAAAACAAUAUCAACUUCGCCCGAAACGACCACAAAGAGGCUCCUUUCACAUUGACUCACCCAAAAAGUUAGAGCGAUACUCCAAAAUCGAUGAAUUCCUUUUACGACGAUCGAGGAAACAUAGGAAACAACACAAAACCAAACGACGUGAUGGGGCAAGCACUGAUUCGACGGAUACAACGGAUAGUGAAGGAAAGAAAAAAGUACAUGGACAAGAUCAAGAGAAAUUCGAGAGAAGACUUGAGAGAAGUAUGCAGGCUUCACGACAACGAUUCUUGCCGAUCAAUCUUUCAAAGAAAGACUUGGUCUCAUCCGAAGCAGUGAUUCGUGAACGUCUCCGUCAAACCGGUGCUUCUUGUUCUGAUAUUGACCCAAUGGGGAUUGAUUCAUCUGUCACUUUUGAUCAGGUUGGCGGACUUGGAGCACACAUUCAAUCAUUGAAAGAAGUCGUGUUAUUUCCUCUUCUUUAUCCGGAAAUCUUUGCUCGUUUUAACAUAAAUCCACCAAAAGGCGUUGUCUUCUAUGGGCCUCCAGGUACGGGCAAAACCUUGAUUGCGAGGGCCUUGGCAAACGAGUGUGGUCAAGGUGAAAGAAAGGUUGCAUUCUUUAUGCGCAAAGGAGCUGACUGUCUCAGCAAAUGGGUUGGAGAAUCGGAAAGACAACUGAGAGUUCUCUUUGAUCAGGCUUAUGCAAUGCGUCCAUCAAUCAUUUUCUUUGAUGAAAUCGAUGGUUUGGCGCCGGUUCGAUCAACGCGACAAGAUCAAAUUCAUUCAAGUAUUGUCUCGACUCUAUUGGCCUUGAUGGAUGGCUUGGACUCGAGAGGAGAGGUUGUCGUGAUUGGGGCAACAAAUCGUUUGGACACUCUCGAUCCAGCUCUCCGAAGACCGGGCCGAUUCGAUCGAGAGCUCAAAUUCAAUUUACCUGACUCUGCAGCAAGAUUACAAAUUUUGGAAAUUCACACAAAGAAAUGGGCAGAGUCUCGUCCCGAUGAAGAUCUCCUUCACUGGUUAGCCGAUUCAACAAGUGGCUAUUGUGGGGCUGAUUUGAAAUUUAUGUGCACGGAAGCAGUGUUGAUCUCUCUUCGCUCUCGUUAUCCUCAUAUUUAUAUGAGUCGUGAAAAAUUAAAAAUUGAUCCAAAUGAGCUCGCUGUUUCAAGAGAGCAUUUCCUCCAGGCAAUGCAAAGAAUCACUCCGGCAAGCCGUCGAGAUUUGACGAUACCAUCGAAACCGUUGGAUGCCAGAACAUCUCUAUUGCUAAAGGACACUUUGGAAACAAUCUUGCAAAUAAGAGUACCAAAUGGAUAUCGCUGCUCUCAAUCUGUUCAUGCACUACGAGGAACCGAACAUGAACUCGAGAAAGUGGUGAGGGCCUUGGAAACACUUCCAGUUGUGCCUCAUGAGCGUUUAAUCCUUUGUGGAUCCUCAAUUUGUUCGGAUGCUGGACAAACCUCGUUUUUGUUGCCAGCUCUCCUUGGAAGAUUGGAUCAUCUACCUGUAUUUUCUUUGGAAAUUGGACGACUAUUUGUUGAUGGAAGGCCUGAGGAAGCUUUGGCUCAAACAAUGCAAGCAGCUUUGCGUUCAGCAGCUACCGGCCCUGCAAUCUUGUUGCUUCCAAGCGCUGAUCAAUGGUUCACGACAAUGCCUUCAUCAGUCGUUCACAUGUUACAUUCUGCUCUUGAAAUGCUUACUGGGUUCACCUCUCUGCUCUUCUUGGCUACAAUCGAUUGUCAUUUUGAGAUUGCUCCACCUGUAAUUCUUUCGUUGUUUCGACCGGCUAAUGCCGUAAAGAUCCUUCCACCACUGUCUGAGCUCCGUCGUAACUAUUUCAAUUCAAUCGUUUAUAAUGCUGCUCUAAUGGAACCAAAACAAUUUAUUGCCGCAAACUAUAUCCAACCACCAUUGGCUUCUUCAUCAAAUGAUGGCCAUGUGAGGAAGUUAAACGCGAAAGAAAGCAAAGAAUUGGAGAAAGUCUACGAUGGACUACUUAGACAAAUUCGAAUCUUUUUGAGAGACUUAUUGGCCAAAUUAAUGCGUGAUCGUCGCUUUCACAUUUUCACCGAUCCAGUUGAUGGAGAUGAAUACGAUGACUAUUAUCAAAUUAUUAAAGAGCCAAUGUGUAUGGCGGAUAUGAUGAACAAAAUUGAUAGAAAAGUGUACACACAUCCAGAUCAAUUCCUCGCCGACAUCGAGUUGAUAAAACGGAACGCUCUUCGAUACAAUUUUGAUCAUCGACCUGAAAGUCGUUCAAUUCGUCAUCAAGCUGUCGCACUUCGAGACAUGACCGAAGCCCUAUUUGAUCUUGAAUUGGAUGAAGAAUUUGUGGAAAAACUAGAGAAUACUCAAAAGCUUUUGAAAGAAUGUGGAAUGGAGAUUGAAAGAGAAGAAGAAUUACCAUUUGCCGAAGAACAUGAAGCGGCAAAGAAGGCUUUGAGUGAAAAACCUCCAAAAGAGGAAUCAUUUGAAAAUGAGGAUUCUGAUGAAGAGCGCGAUAGUGAACACGAGAAAGAACGAGAUGUACCUCGGAUUAGAAGAAAACGAAGAAAAACCGGCACCUACUUAUUCCCGUCACAGAAGAGAAAGACCAAAUCAAUGGAAAAUGGUCAUUCUUCCUUCAAUAGAGAAAAUGGAAAGGAAUCGGAGGGAGAAGAAAGCGUUUUGGGAGAUGAUCAAAUGAAUGGAAUGCCAAACGGCAAAUGUGAUUCGCCUGAAGGAAGUGUACCUUUGCUCAACGAAAGUCCGAUCAAUGAGAUCACUUCAGAACAGAAAGUUUUGAUCAUUGAUCAAGAUAGAUUGAUGAGAGUUGUCGAUAAGGCUGUAAAUGGAACGGAAAAUUGGCCAGUUACAGAAUUGGAGCGUCUCGCAGCUUGUUUAGCUCAUAAGAUUGACACUUACAGAGACAGUUGGGAUCGCUCGGCACUUCCCGGUGAGCUGAAGAAGUUGGUGUCCAAUUGGCUCCACGAGAAAGAAUCAUUC